GUGUUUCGUGCUGUUGAUUUUGUGUUAUCCGUUUUGUAACCUUUAUAUUAUAUAUUGAAUUCUUUUGAACAUUACAACAAAAUGUCGGUAAAAAAGUGUCUGAUUAAAGUGUGUUCAAACACAAGUAUUAAUUCGCCUGAUAAAAUAUUCUUAUCAGUUCCGAUAGAUCUUGACACGAGGAUUAUUUGGUACCAGGCUGCAAGUGUUGAAGGUCCCAUUCCUACCACUAUGUUAUACUGUUGUGAAGAUCAUUUUGAUUUGGCAGAUGAUGCAGAAAACUGGCAAUAUUACAAGACAAUUAAGUCCACCAUCAAAAAAGAGGAAAACUGAGAUGUUAGAAACAUUAGGAAAAAAGCUUCACUGCAAGAGAAAACCAAGGGCAAAAUUAUUUGAUGAAUCGCAGCCAGGUAUAUGCAGAGAUCUGCAUCAGGAUGAAUCUUGCCAGCAAAACUCGAGUUUGCUACCCCUGAAGAAAGCAACCAAAGGAGUCAAGUUAUGGUUGAUACGAAAACAGUGUCAACCAGCACACUACCUCAUACUGCAGAAAAGGCUGUUGCCACUAGUCAUCCCAAACGAAAACAGUUGGUUGAAAAGUGCACAGGGAUUUGUAGUGAUAGCACUAAUGGCUCAAGUGGUAGUUCCUCCCUGCAGCUAUCGCGCACUUCAUCAGAAAGCAAUGGAGCAAGACUGAAGACAUCAAAAGAGGAACUAGAAAUAUCUAAAUUAGAGAACAAUAGUCGGUUUUUCUUAGGUUUGCCUGAAGACUGUUUCUAUAUUGUAAAUUUAUUAGUUGAAGAAGGUGGACUGGAUUACAUUGAUGUUUUGAUCACAAUGAAAAAAAUUAGGACAAAUGAUCAGUUUUCAAGAAUAGGAAUUGAUUUUGGUAAAAGCACAAGUGCCAUAUCUAAAUUUUUUGAUAGAACUGUUGUAGUAAUGGCUCCUUUAAUGACACAGUUGAUUGUUUGGCCUCCCAGUUGGAAAAUCAAAAAAUUAGUACCAAAUCAAUUUAAAGCCUAUUACAACAAUGUACAAUCAAUUAUUGAUUGCUUUGAAGUUGAAAUUGAAAAACCUUCAAAUGCACUGCAUCAGGCUAAAACAUGGAGUGAAUAUAAAAAGUGUAAUACUAUAAAGUAUCUUGUGAGUUGUACUCCUAAUGGGCUGAUAAACUUUAUUUCUAGUGGGUUUGGAGGACGUACAACUGAUGUACAAAUUGUUGAGAAAUCAGACCUCAUUAAUGUGAUUCCAGAAAACUGCAUAAUAAUGGCAGAUAGAGGUUUCAAACACAUAGAAACUAUACUGCAUAAAAAAAGCGCAUCAUUAUUAAGACCUCCAAGCAUUAGUGCGAAACAAAAACUCACCAAAGCAGAAGUUAAUAAAACUAAAAUAAUAGCUGCUUUGAGAGUCCAUAUUGAACGGCUCAUAAGGAGACUCCCUGAAUUUGCUAUGUUAAAACCACAUGCCUGUAUACGGUCCAGAAUAGUCCACCUCCUAGACCAUGUGGUGAUCAUUGUGUGUGGUUUAGUAAAUUUACAAGAACGGCUCAUCAAGAAAUAAGUAUUAUUGCCAUGCAAGUCUUGUUUUUUCUAUAUUUUAAUAGUACAUAACUGCAAGUGCAAGAUUGUUUUGUGGUAUAUUAAUACUAACACAGUGAAUUUCUUAGCUACACAUUGUGCACAUACAUAAAGCUAAGUAUGAAUAAUUUUGUAAAACACCAAUUUUUCCUUUUGUAGGUUAAAAUACUUGUAUAGGACUUAUUUGAGGCUGUUCUUUACAUAAUAUAAUUUUUUGGAGUAUCUAUAAUUUUUUAUUCUCCUUUACGACACAUUAUCAUUUAGAAACCUCAAAAUAAAUAAAUUACUCGAAUUUACCAACGCUCUAUGACAUAAAAAUAACUAAUUAUUUAGUAAAGUGUAUACUUUGUGUAUUAAAUUUUUGAAAAGCUUAUUAGAUCAACA